UCAUUUGAUGGAAUUACUGCAUUAGAUUGGGGACGGUAAACUUUGUUCUGGAUCAACUUGUCUGGAUUAGACUUUUUCCAAAUUUUCAUUGAUUUUUUUAUUGUACUCAGCUUCAGUUUUAGACUUUCCAGCAGUUUUUUUUUUUUUGUAUUAUUUUGAUUUGAGUGGUCUUGACGCACCUUUGGCACUAUGGCGAACUCCUGCCUGCAAGUGAGCGCCUUUCUGCUGAGCUGUCUGGGCUGGGUGGGCGUCAUCAUCGCCAUAUCCACCAACGACUGGGUGACGCUGUGUAAAUUUGGUUUGAACACCUGCAAGAAGAUGGAUGGGCUGGGAAGCAAGGGACCCUGGGCUGAGUGUGUCAUCUCUGGAGCAAACAUCCACUGCAUGACUUACACUCAGAUCCUCAACCUGCCAGCUUAUAUCCAGACCACUCGCGCUCUGAUGAUCACAGGCUCCCUUCUGGGUCUCCCAGCGGUGGCAGUGCUCCUCAUGGCCAUGCCGUGCAUCAGCCUCGGAAAUGAACCCCAGAGCUCCAAGAACAAACGUGCAAUCCUGGGAGGAGUUCUGAUGCUGAUAGUUGGAUUGUGUGGUUUGGUGUCCACCAUCUGGUUUCCCAUCGGUGCCCACUACGAGGAAGUCGUCAUGUCAUUCGGCAUCUCCCUCUACUCUGGUUGGAUCGGGACUGUUUUCUGUCUGAUUGGUGGCUUCAUCCUCAUGUGCUCAUCAGACUCCUCCUCCUCCACCUCCUCUUCUCGCUCCUACCAGGAAAACAACCAUUUUUACUACUCCAAACAAGGAGGUGGCAACCUGCCAGCUGCCACCUCCACCAAUCACGCCAAAAGCGCCCACGUCUGAAACACGGAGAGGUUCUGAAUGCUAGGGGGACGUGGAAGGGACUGUAGUUUUGUACAUAUGCACAAGAACGAACAAAUUCUUCUUUUCAUAUCCAGUACAAUUAUAUUAUCAUGCGAAUCUAUUCUGGAGGAGAUGGAGUCACGCUCACAUGUUAAUUCUGGGUGGAUUAUGUGAAGGUUAAUUACACGAAGUCUUGAAUGAGCACACAGCACACAUUUUUUUUUUAAAUAAAUCCUUGGGCUGAGGUUUGUUUUUGUCCGGAAGAGUUCACCUUGCAGCCACCUCGUGUCGGGUGUAGUGUGGACUCACCCUCCUAUUACAUCAUUGUACAAUCGUCUGAAUAACAGCCGGCUGAGGUCCAGUGUCACACAAGGCCUUGAUUACUGAGAUAUUUAAUAAUAUUGCUAUUUUUUUGUAUCAUGUACCAAAAGAUAAAAUCUUGUGAGCUUCUUUAUUGAUGAAUAUGUUUCUUUGUUUUUUUAAAAACCAAAUAACAUCAUGUUUUAUUGUUUUGAUUUGAAGCAGGGUAUGACAGUAUUAUACUUAGGUUUGUGUUCGCUAUGUUUAUAUUGACUUUUGUAAAACUUUUGAGUGAUAGACUUUUUACACUGCCCACAGAUUGAUGGGAGCAUCAAAGGAAACAUUGAUUUCAGUAGAGUUUAAACCAUCAGUCUUGUUUUCUGUUUUAGUGGCUCAUGAAUUGCUCAGUAGACUGUAUAAAAAGAACUGGACGAACGCGCUGUGACAUCAUAUCAGGUUUCCGGGGCUCUUGAUGUCUCUAUAUUAGCAGGACGUGACUCAACCCAGCCCCGGUCAAGGGUUAGUCCCCUGGGAGAGUCCAGGCCAACCUGAAGAGAGCUGCGAUGGGCUCAAGCAGAUCCCUGUGACUCUGAAUUAUGAUGUAUGGAUAAUAGAUAGAUGGAUGGAUGAUUAUGCUCUUUUACCUCCGAAAAUACAAAGCACAAAAUAGAUAAGAUAAAGUGAUGACAGCUGCAACAUAGCUACCAACAAAAAGAGCACACAGUUAAUUAUGCAUGAAUUUGUGGUCUUAUAGAAAUUUUACCGGAUGAGUUUGAUAUAAAUUCACCCUCCUUACGGUUGUCAUGAAAAUUGAAGUUAAGCCAUGUAGAACAAAACCCUUUUCUGAAACAGGCUAUAAAUAUUGUUUUUCUUCCUGCUUUUAAGUUGGACAUUUGAACAUGGUUGUCACCGGACACUGACUUGUUUAUAGAACCGUCCCCUAUUGGUCAGUCCAGGAACUGCAACUAUCCCGACUUCAACCCUGGCAACUGCUUUGAAACUGGAUGUUACCGCUUGAUUUGCACUGGAGCAUCACAUGGAGGAAUUCAGAUCUGUUGUCUGAUAUUCGUAGGCCAAAAAUCAAAAAUAACAAUUUCUUUCAACUAACAUCUGCUCUAGGUUUAAAUGAUUAACUGUAUGACAACAAGAAAAAAAGGGAAAGAAUUUUGCUGUUAGACAAACAUCCUCUUAUUGAAUUGGUCUCAAAAAUCAGGAGAUUUAUUAACUCAGACUCAGACCUGAUGAGAACAGAAACAGCGUCAGCUAUGAAUAUUUAUUGUUUCACAGAUGUCCUACUGUUUUAUUUUCAACAAUAAAGAUGAAUUAAUUCACA